AUGUCGCCGCCGCCACCGCUGCACCCGCCCCAGCCACCGCGGGGCCUGCGCGAUACGAUCGCCGCCGCCGCCGCGGUGCCCAUCGCCGUCGCGGCCGCUGUAAUCAUCGGGAGCGGCCUCCCAGGGGAAACCGUCUCGUCCGCGCUCGUUUUCCCGUCCCUGCUGCUGCUCGCGGCGUGGUCAUCACCCGCGGGGCUAGCGCUAGUGGUAAGAGUGCUUCUCGCAGAGGCUAUUCGCCUGAGCGGUCUCCUAGCGGAGGAGCAGGAGGAGGUGGAAGGUCACGAGCAAGGAGAGCGCGGGUCGAGAAGGAGCAGCUCGGAGCUCCAGCGGGGCCACGGCUGGGAGGGGGUUAGGGGGCGGGCGGCCGUGCAGCAGUGGAAGUGGAAUCACCGCCGGAGGCAGAGGCCCGAGCAGGGGGAGGAGGAGGAGGAGGAGGAGGAGGAGGAGGAGGAAGAGGAACUUCAGAGUGAGGAAGAGGGAGAAGGAGAUGAGCGUCGUCAGCGGAGGCAUGCGAAGGAGCGGCGGGUGGACGUGGAAUGGGAGGGCGGGCAGCUGUUUUUGGUUCUUCGCCGGGCGGUCGCGUCCGACUUCCUAAUCGAUCUCAUCAACAGGUACAUGCACGGUCCGAUCCCGAUGAAAGUGGAGAGCUGCCGGGUGGAGAUGCUGAGGGCGUGCCUCUCGCCGUCGCAGAUUCUACGGCAGGGGUCUUUUCAGGCGACGGUCGUGGGUCUGAGGACCUUUGGUCGGAGGACUCACGAGGACGAGUGGGACGAGGUGCAGCGCCCCGCGUACCGUGACGCUCUUCCUUUUGCCAGCCUGCCGAGUUUUUACUACGAGAAAGCUCUUCGAUUCCACCGCUGGGCGGCGGACCACGUCCAAUCCCUCAUCGAGGGCACCUACGGCCGGAGGAUGAAGAGGUGGGGCGGCAUUGUGGACAGCCUGAUUAACAACCUCACCUUCGAGACGAGGGACGUACACCUUAGAAUCGACGACCGCUUAAACGGGCACUGCUUUGGGAUGUUCGUUGAUGUGUUUGACUGCAAGCCCGGGGUGCAGGAGCCGGAGUCGCUGGGGGCGACCCCGCACGAGUUCGCCGUGGAGGGGGUGUUGUUCUACGUCGACCCCCACAACGAGGUCGCGCUCAGCCCGCAGUGCACCGCGAUGACCGCGGCCGCCGACUGCAGGCCAGUGUCACCCUCGCUCCGGCGGGAAUACAUCGACACGUUUGGAACAGCGCGACAGGAGAACGAGUUGAAAGCGGCGCAAAAGAAGGAGCGCGCGGACAAACUCAUCGAGCUAGAGCGACGCAUGUCGUACCGCGACAUCCUUCUCGUGCGGAAGGAGGCCCGCGGCUGGCGGCUGGAGGACAUGGGGGGGGGGGGCGAGGAGCCCGCGGGGACAAGCCCUCCCCUCGAUCCCGAGCUAAUGGAGGGCGUCGAAGAGGGGGAUCCCGGGGUGGGAGGAAUGAGAGUACCAACAGAAAAUAUUAUCGUGUUUCAAGCGACACGCGUUUACGAGGAGCUGGCUCAGUUCGCGGCGAAGGUGCAGGGCCUGAAGCUUUCUGCUUGGGAAAUCAGCACUUGCCUCCGAGAGAUCAUGGUCGAGACGGUCAUCGCUCGCCAGGCUGACAGCGCCGACGGCCCAGAGGACAAGACGUUCAAGUCUCCUCUGCAGGCCGUGCUGUUCGCCGGAAGUAUGGAAGGGCGCUUCCGGCUGUUCAUAGCCCGAACCAAGGCCAGCAAUCGGCUUCACUCUCGAGGGGCGAACGGGGUCGACGGUGAGCCCACCCUGCCGUGGCUCUUGGCGGGCGGCACGAUGCAGCACCCGGUGGUGCUAGACGAAGCCACGGCGACCCGGUUUGGCUACGGGUCGAGCUGCGUUUUGGGGCCGGCGGAGGCGGUAAGGGUGGCUCAACGAGACAGCGGCGCCGUGCGUGAAGGCACGGCUGGACGACGCGCGGACGACAGCAAGAGCGAGAGCGGCGCCGUCCCGGAAGUCGGCGGAUACUUCCGGAUGUGGAGCAACUACCGCAUGGCCCUGGAAGGGCACGCGAGCAACGUGCAGGCGGGCGCCCUCCUCCCCCCGGUCCUGGACAUGGCGAGGACGGUGGCGGACACCUUCCGCCGCCGCUGGGCGACCGGCGGGGAGUACCCCGAGCGCGUGUUGGCGCGCGUGAGGCUCGCGGAGAGGAGGGACGAGGGUGAUGAUGACGCCGAGGCCGGCGGCGGCUCGGCGGCGGUGGUUGCCGCCCCGAGCGUCGGGCGCGCUGAAGCGGUGAAAGUCGGCGCCGCUAGUGGGAAGGGCGACAACACCAAGGGUAGUUUGGCAAAGGUGGCGGAGAGGGACCGACGAGAAGGGGAGAGUGAGACGGAGGGGGAUCUUGACGACAGCGACGACAACCAGGACGCCGUUCCCGCGGGACGGGUGCCGGGAGACGAUCGUGAGGAUGCUACUUGCGAUAGCGGCGGCGGCGGUAGCGGCAGCGGCAGCGGCCAGAAGCAGCGGCAGGGACAGCCCCCGCAACACGGCGGCUUGAGGCAGGUCUUGUCCCGGCUCGACGGGCUCGACAGCGGGGCGCUGGUCGAGCGUGCCCUGGAGGACCAUCUGCACGGGGAAGGGGAGGAGGAGACCAGCGCCGGUGAAGAAGGUGCUUCAGGCGGCGGCGGCGGCGGCGGCGGCAGCCGUCAUUUUUCCGGCGAUGGCGGCGCGGCGGAUGGUACCGACGACGACGGGGGUUCAGAGGGGGAGACCGCCGCUCUCGCGGCGGGGGCUUCGGCAGCGGUGGUGCUUUCGACGAACACUCGGGCCGGAGGUUUGGCGGGGGACGGCGGUUCGGCGACGGCCACGAGCACGCCCGACGGUGAUGGCGAGGCGGCGGCGGCGGCGGCGGUGGCGGUAGCGCUUACCGGAGACGGCGAUACGUCUUCUGCUUCAGCCCGGGACCGGGAGGGGGCGGAGGCGGUGGAGGCGGGGAUGCAGGCUUCCGGCGAGGAGAAGUUCAUGCUCCCGGGGUGGCACUACCUCGCGCUCUCGGGCAGGUCCCUGUCGAUGGACUUCCGGUGGUCGAACAUGGACGUGGUGCUCAUGCAGGACCCGACGGCGCGGCAGGGGCGCGACACCGGCAAGAACGUCCUCGCGCUGCGGUCGACGGGCACGCUCAUGGUGAGCAGCUCCGGCGUCGGAGAGUCCGUCGACGUCCAGCUCCGGGACGCAUCCCUGCUGCCCUGCUUCUACGCCGACGAGGGCGGCGGCGAGAACGUUGGGAGCGUUUCUUCUCCUCCCGCCGCCGCCGAAGCCGGCGGCGACGGCGGUGUCCCGGCGCAACGCCUCGCCGUGAUCCUCGGCGGAGGCGAGAGCGCCUUGAGAGCGGUGGCGAGGACGUGGCUCGGGCAGGGGCUCGUGACGGCGGACUCCCGCCCGCUGUUGGAGCCGUUCACGGUUCAGGUCGGGUACGGGACGGUGGUCGCGCAGGCCGCCGUCGAAGGCCGCGGGACUGGCGUCACGGAUGGCCGGAGACGCCGAUCGUCCGCCCUGUCUGGCCACGACGACUCGGAGGAUGAUGAGGGCAACGACGAGGAUGAUGGUGAUGGUGGGGACGGUGGCUUGGUGGUCAAGCCUCCGGUCGGGAGGGGGGAGGACAGCGGGCUGUCGAACGAAGACGGAGGGGUCGUGAAAGGGGGCGGACUAGAUCAGUCCGCGGCGGGGGAGACGGUUGCCGGCGUAUUUCGAGUGGCCGUUUCCGAGGUGGAGCUGAUGCUGUCGAGCGCAAAGCGAAAGGCCGAGGAGGUCGGAACAAUCGAAGUCGAGGUCGACGGCCAGACGCGGUCGUUCGGGGCGUCGGAUGUCUUGCCGCCAACCCCGACCACCGCUGCUGUGGGCGAGGCAACCGUUGUCGAGCUUGAGUUCGCUUGCCGUUGCCGCCUCCGUCGCCGCCGCCGCCGCGGCCGGAGAAGAAGACGAGAAGAAAUCGCGGCCGACGGAGGAGGAGGCGGCGGCCGCGGCGGCGGCGGCGGCACGCCCGGUGUCCCGGCCGACACGACCGCUCUCGACUCCUCCUCCGGCGGCGAGCAAGACAGAGGGGGCCACCGCCGCCGGCAGCGGGGGGCCGGCGGCGGUGCCGGAGCCGGGGUCGAUCCAGAACAAGAGGCCGGCGGAGAAGAGGACGACGGGGUAGGCGGGCGGCGUGACGCUGAACCGGAGGCCGCGGCGAAGGUACGACUCCUAACGGCGGAGGGCGAGGUGCUGGGAGAGGCGUUGGCGGAGCUAGCGGGUGCGCCGGAUGACUGGGCGCGGUACCCACUCUACUCUCCCGGUGGCGGUUCAGGGGAGGGCGACAGCGGUGCGGAGAGAAAAGGAGGCGGUAGAUCUGGUUCGGGUGAGACAUCGGCUGCGGCGGCGGUGGCGGCGGCGGCCAAUAGGCGCAAAGCUACGACCGGCCUGGACAGGGGGGGUGUGAUCCCACGCCCCCCCGCGGCGGUGCGCAGGCGUUGGGGCUGGGGCUACCGGCGAGACAGGGAUGCGGCGACACCUCGGUCGUGGUUCCGCCCGAGACCGCCGUCGAGGGACGUCGCCGGUGAGGUGAGGCUUCGCCUGGGGUGGGUGCCGUCCGGCCUUGCCGUGACCGUUCACCGUUGCCGGGCGGGCGCAGCGGCGGCGAUGUCGACGGCGUCGAGCGCGGGCUUGGUCGAAACGCUGCUGCUCGCUGGCACCGGCCGGCGACGGCGGUCGAUACUCGUUAGCGCCGAGCCCGGGGGCGGGACUGCUCGAGCCCACCCGGUUAGAGAUGACAGCGGUGUUGAGGCACAGGAUGUCUGGGGGUUGACCGCGGUUGAUGCGUCGAGCACCGGUGGAGAGUCGAGAGUAGUAGUCGCCACUAAACCAGAGAGCUCGGCGCAAGACGAUCGGUCGUCGUCCUCUGGUAGCCAAGAGGUUAUCCCCGGCGGCGGCGGCGGCGGCGGCGGCCCGGACCCGGGCGCCGCCGGGGGCGAGGGCGAGAGCUCGGAGAGGCUCUUCUUUGUUCUCGAUACCUCGUGCCUCUUGGGUGGGUGGAACGGUGACGGCGGCGGUGCCCGUCUCCUCUUGUCCGCGGCGGGCGAAGAAGAAGAGGAGGAGGAGGCUGCUGCCUGCUGGCAAGGCGACCCUGCCGCGGAGACCAUCGGCGCCGCCUCUGGCGCAAGAGAGGAGGGACCGGGCGCCGCGACGGCCGAGCUUCUCCUUUUCCCGGGAGCAGAGCCGGCGCGUCGCUGGGUGCCGCUGACCGACCCGGCCGGCAGGGUGACGGAGGAGGUGGACGUUACGAUCGCGUGGGCAGUGGCGCCACCGCCGCCGCCGCCGCCGCCACCAUUGUCGCCAACCCGCCGCCCUUCUUGUUCCAGCGCGACAGCGGGUGAAACCCGAGAACAGCCUGAUUCUGCCGUGAGUGACGGACAGGUGACCUCGUCGUCGGCAGCAGCAGCAGCAGUGUCUCUUUCUUCCCGAAGAGGCAGUGAAGCCGUCAGGGAAGAACCCACGGCGGCGGAUGCUUCGCCGGAAGCGCUCGUUGUCCCUGGCAAGGAAACGGCAGGCGGCGGCGGCGGCGGCGGCGGCGGCCCCAAAGAGGGUGGCGGUCUGGACACGAAAUCAGUAGCAGCCGACCGAGAAAAAACGGACAAGGCGACGGCGGCGGCGGCGGCGGCGGCGGGGUUAGCAAGCGCCGACGAGAGCAGGGGAGGCGAACCGUUCCUGGAGCCGACUCAGGUCGUGUCCCGGUGCUUCUCGAUGCACACGUCUGAUCUGGUGUUUCGGGUCUCGGACCUUGACAUGGCGGUGCUGGUCACCAUGGCUAAAGGCAUCGUGCGGAUCCUGAGGCCGCCAAAGAGCAAGGAGGAGAAGGAGCUGGAGCUGGAAGCCGUCCAACAGAGGCUUCUGGAGGAGGCCAACAGCAAGAGGAAUGCCGCAAUUCAGCAGCUCCGCGCCACCUUUCAAAGCGGGGACCACCACAACCGAGGCGGUGCGGACGGCCCGAGAGCUUCCUUCGACGGCGAUGCGCAUCGCGAGGAGCUGCUGAACGUGAGGGACGUGGUGGAGUUGCUGAGGGACUUCCUUCGAGCCAAGGCCCUUACGGAGAGCGAAGUCAGCCGCGAGGCGGAGGAGUUCAUGCUGGUAAUUCUAGCGGUCGAGGAUGAGGCGAAACACCGCACGCGGGUGCGAACGCGGGCUCGAAGCGCGUCUCCGACCAGUCGGCGGCGGGCGUCUGAAGGGUCGCCCUCGACACCGUCGCGAGUCCCCGCCGACGACCUCAGCGAUCUCGCCGCCCCCGGCACCCCCAGCACCGCCGGCUUCGGCGGCGGUGUAGACUCCGGUUCAUUCAGCGUCAGGAAGCGGUGGCGGACCACGCUGCGCCCUGAUUGGCGGGGGAGCGGGCGCAGCGUGGCGAGAGACCGCUCCUACGAGAAGCCGUGGUUGCCGGGGGCGGCAGCGCCGGCCGGGGGCCCCGUGAAAUCAAGCGCCACGGCGAUGGACACGCCUCCUCCACCAAAGUCUUCUUCUUCUCCCGCCUCCUCCAUGCCAGAGGAAAGCAUGGAGGGGGGGACGCCGCGCCGCAGCAGCUGGAGGGGGGUGAGCAUCAGCCUUGACCACUUCAUCUUGGCACUCCAGAGCUUCAUGGAGGAGCAGCCGGACGAGGGCUACGUGAUGGCGAGGGGGAGGAGAGGGUGGGCACUGUACACGUCGCGCCCCCUUGGCGGCUGCCAGGCCACGCACGUGCAGCGGGCCACGAGUUGCCUGCCGUACAGGGGGAUCUUGUCCCUGUCCAAUCCCUUAUCCCAUGGGUUGUUGAAAGAUCUUGGCAAACUUCCAGAGUUGAAAGGACGGGGUCUGAUUCUUGACCGUCACUUCGAGACGAUAAAAACACAUGCGAAGGCGGGAAACUCUGUUGCGAAGAAGCGGUGGGACGCCGUCGAGAGCGCGUGGGGGUUGAAGCAGAACGGUAUCUUCGACGAAGGAGAGUGGAUCGUGCAGAUUGAUGGUGAAAUCCAGGGCAUUACCACCAGCACCCGCCUGUCCUUGUCAUCCCAACAAGAUGCCAGCAGCGCACGAGGUGCUGCUGCACCUUCUCAGCACCCACCUGCUGCUGCAGCGGGUACCGCGAGGAGGAAGGUGGAUCGAGGGAAGCACGCCAGGGAGAGAGCUGCGAAAGGCACGUUAGGCGGCAACAUCUGCAACGCGUUCUCGAUUGGCAGCGGACAACCGAUUGAGCGGACUCGUGGUGGGGAAGAAAGAGUUCGUAUCCGGAAUCAGCUUCCCACCUCCGGCCCUGGAGUCCCGCGAUCCUGCACUCACCGUCCCAUGACCUUCGUGAACGAGCAAGGCCUUGGGAUCCACGCGAGAACGCAGCACAGCAGUGCAAACAUGUCCAACGGCGUGCGGCUGCGGCGGAUGAUACGGAAGAAUCUCGAAGGUCGUGUCCUGCCGUGGGAAGAAGCCGGGCCUGGGCGUUGUUAGCACGUGAAGGUCGAUGAUGCGACGGGGGC